CCAUAGCUUUAGUCAGUAUACGCGAGGUAUCAAACCACCACUUGGCACAUAAUCGUUCAUCUCCAGUCGUCAAACUGGCUCUCGUGCAAGGACGAGUCCUUCAGGCAAGUGGUCCCUGACUCCUUGCUGCGCUGCCUCGACCACGUCGGCAGCUUGGGCGAUGAAUGCUCUACAAGUGAGCUCUGAUACCCGAGCAGACAGCUAACAGAGUAUACAUCAGCAGGCAGAAGGAGGCCUCAGGGCACCCUAUAUCGUCGACGACGACUCUGAGCCCUCGGAGCCAGCAGUGCUUCGAGACGGGCAGGACUACGAGGGGGGUCCUCUGACGGCAGCAAGUCUGUCGGCGACUCUCUUGUCAAUGUCGGGGUACGGGAAGGGUCAAGAGGGAAACUUGGUGUAUGGAUAUGGCGCCACAAGAUCGGAACCAGACCAGAGCUAUGCUGUUUUCGCAACGCCUCAGUUUUCCUCGCCAUAUUCUGAUGCACCUACACGCGCAUCCCAUGAGCCUUUGCUGGGCUCACAGUUUGAGCCGCGUGAUGCUCCCUAUCAGCAGCCGUAUUCCAAUAUCUUGAGCCCUCUGCCUCAACCGCGCCUGGAGAUCACUUCCUUUUCGCCCUCCAAAGCUACUAAUGGCCAGAAAAUUUACAUUCGCCUCAGAUCCAAAUUCGACCUUACAGUACCAACUGUAUACCGCUUCUCAGUCAUGUACUACCAGAAGCGCUGCGAGGCAGCGCUGUCCAAACUCGACCAGAGUACACCAUACUUUAAUUAUGCUCUGGAAGCCGAUAUCCCACCAUUCGAUACAACGGGAAGUCUGGAGAGCCAAGUGCCGCUAGUGCUCCACAUGGAGGAUGAAUAUGGGCAAAGUAUCAGUGUUGUCGAAGUCGGGGACUUUACUUACGAGACUAUGGAUAAUUAUCCUGUCCACCAGACCAAGGGCAAGAGAAAGCGAUCUGGUUCCGAAGAUUCAACCCGAUCUCCAGCAAAACGGAUAUCACAAGCGAAUAUACGUGGUGGCGGCAGGCUUAACACUUCCACAUACUACCCAGCCGUAGGGCAGUUGCCAGCUUCACCUCCAACACCCAACCUCUCGACUGCACCAAUAUACUACGAACCAUACCGACAGAGGAUUUCCAGUUCAUCGUAUCCACAGAUGCCUGAGCUCACUGCACCAGUCCCGCCUCAGACACGCAUACCACAUACAGGUUAUAGUCCAUACAUGCCUAUUUCACCGCCCGGUCGUGCCACUUCAAUAGCCGGAACGCCUAUCGGGAAACCAGUCCUCCCUUCGUCAAGUGAUUCCACUGCGCCCACACUGGUACGGACGCCCACGGUGCAGCAGACGACGGCCACUCCGGGAACAAACUCUCACCCCUUCAAUCCUUACCUGUACCCUUCCAAGGCUGUGUUGAAGAUCGACGGCGAUUUGGACAGGAUGGCAGAUGAUUGGUCACGCGAAGAGAAAGAGGUGAGGCGGAGAUUGGUACAGUUCCGUCGAAGGCAGACUGGAAGCACGAUCACAGCAAAUUUCAAUGCUGUCACACCGGAAGAGCGAACUCCCCACAGCAUAUGCAUCAGCUGCAUAUGGUGGGCAGAGAAGCAAGACUGGUUUGUGACGAGCGUCGACACGAUCUUCUUACUAGAAUCACUCGUGGCAGUUCGCUUUACGGUCGAGGAGAAAAACCGGAUCCGACGUAACCUUGAGGGAUUUCGGCCGCUCACCGUGUCGAAAGUGAAGGCUGAUAGCGAGGACUUUUUCAAGAUCAUUAUGGGAUUCCCGAAUCCGAAGCCCCGCAAUAUUGAGAAGGACGUCAAAGUAUUUCCGUGGAAGAUCCUAGCGCACGCGCUCAAGAAAAUCAUUAGCAAAUAUUCGGCAAGCUACUCAUCCACGGCAGGGCCGAUGCCGCCUUCGACCGUGAGCUACAACAGUGGCAGUAUGUCAGAAGCAGGUACCGAUACACGCUACACAAUAUCACCCAGGAACCGGUCGAUAUCAGGCGCCCCUACGCAGUACCAGAACAGCAGCGUGACCUCUCCAUCAGCUGGACCAGGGCGACUGUCAGCAGGACCCCAAGGCCAGAGAACGCCUUCAGUCUCGCAGGCAAGCUGGCAUACGGCCCAGCACGCGCCGACGCCGUAUACUGAUAAUCUCUCGUCAUAUGGGCGUGGAGCCAGCAUCGAUUACGCAGUCUUCUUGACGGAGCCUGGACUCCACGACCAAUCAGCCCGUACACACCACACAUCGCCGCAUGGGGGUGUGGAGAAGGUGGGCAGGCAACGAGGCAACGUGGGGAGUCAUAUGGGUGACUACAAACUGCCAGGCUACGGUCAUCGGACCAGCCAGGGCUAACAACAAACACUGUGGUGGAAAAGAUAGCUGAACAUAGCGGGAGAGGGAGGGAGAGAGAGAGGGUGUGUGUGUAUGUGCGUGUGUAUAUGUGUGUGGAUGG